UGUAACUUUCCGAGAAGCUGCAGACAUGGUUGGAAUGCGAUGCGAGGUUAACUCUCUUCUUCUCUCUCUCUGGAUUCCGCUGGUUUUGCAUUUCAUUCUGUCGGAACAAUCCUCAAGCUUUUGUCAAUGGAACGAACAUUUGGUAUUGAUUUAUGUUGUGCUUUUCGGGAUGUGCACGCAACCUGUUUGUCAAAAGUCCCAAGAGAAAAAUUUAUACGAUGCGUCCUAUGAUCGAUGCUUCUUCAACCAAAAUUUCAUGCUCAACUAGAGGACGUAAUAUCUUUGACGACUAUAUCAUUGAUUUCGGUAAGAACAGGACAGCCAGAAUCUGUUUUUGCCUUCUUCAAGAUGAUGCUCGCAAAUGGGCUCAGGCCAAAUCAUGUGAUGGUGCUGAGUGUAAUAAGAGCUAUUGAUGCGUUAAGCUGGGAUUCAAUGAUUGAAGGUGGUGCAUGGAGGAGUGAUCCAAAUGGGUUUUGUGUUAGAAGUAGCAGGAUUUCGUUAGCCGUUCUUGGGUUUUAUACAAUGCGUGGAGUGCCAUGAUCAUGGCAUUCUUGAAAUAUCGUCAGCAUAGUGAAGCUUUGGAUCUUUUCAGAGCCCAGUGGGAUACACAGUCAGGGAGCUCAGCUAAACAUGUAAGCAUUAAAUUUUGAGGCAUCAAUUAGAUCUUUGAAGUCGUUGGUAGGAGAAUUAUCUCGUGGAUCGAAUAUCCCAAGGCAAGAACACUUGUUUUAGAUUUGAAUCACUUCACAAGCAAGAUCGAUCUUAUCAAACUUGAAUGAUUCAACCUAAACUACAUAGAAUUGCGAAAAAAACUUAGCUAUUGGCUAAAGAAAAAGUUGGAACUGUGCUCAGUGUAGAUUGGAAAAGGAAGGUUGCUUUUCAUUUCCAUGUCAAGAAUCCAAUUGAAAAACUGAUGGAUGCAGGGAAAUUUAUCAGGUAACUCAUACAGCUGAGUAGUAACUUCAACGCAUCCAUGUUAUUGAUGAUCAUUGAAUUCCAUUAAAUGUUCUGAGUUAUCUUGAAUUUCAAUGGAAUUGAUGGUCUUGGUAGUUUUUUAUUUACUUGAAACAUCACCACUCCAUAACAUAACCUAUCUAUUUAUGCUCUUGCUACUUCAACCUAUCCAAUACGUAAAAUUCAUGAAGGGUGGGAUUCUUGAAGUGUUUCUUGUCAAUGCCAGAGACAUCAAACACACCAAUCUGUUUGGUUCCCGGGCAUAUUAUGUGAUGGUAGAAUGUGGAAAUCAUGAACAUAGAACAAGAGUAUCAUCAGGGCUUUCACUAUGUUCUGUGGACACAGGUAAACAUGAGAAGGUUUGUUGGAAUGAGAAGUUUUCAUUCGAACUCCCUUCAUCUGAUUGGAAGAACAUAACUCAUAUCAAGUUCAGAAUCAUGCAAACAAAAUUUCUGAGCAAUGAAUCUGUUGGUGCAAUAGUAAUCUACCUUGGUGGAAUAAUUUCAGAGGGAUACGAAAGAGGAUUCAUAGAAGUUCGGCCAGCUCCAUACAACGUCGUGCUCGAGGAGGACGACACUUACAAAGGAGAAAUAAAGAUAGGAUUCAAAUUUUUCACCAAAGAAGAAAUAGUUCAGAUGGAAGCAAGAGAGUUCAUUGCAGAUGUGAAGCAGGAAAGGAAACCGAUCUACGGCAAGGUUAUGAACUUGUGGACAAAUGUAUGGUUAAAGUUAUUGUGCCUCUUUGGCUACAAGAAUUUUUCCAGUGGUCGAAAACAACAGUGAACUCAUGAUAUUAUGUCGGGUCGAAAACAACAGUUUCGGUUUCUAUUUGAGUUUUCUUCUUCGUAAUAAAAAAGAUGUCCAAUGGAUCAUAUUGCAUUCAAA